CAUCACUUUCUAAAGUGAAGACUUACUUCUGUGUAAUACUACAUGUACUAAGGGAGAUACAUGGCUCCACACCUACUUCUGAUUUUGUGUGUAAUUGGAUUAUCGUUCUCGGCAGAGCCCAAGGAAUGGAUAGAUGGUGGAACAGCCGUUGUGACCGCCAGUAAGACGACAUACGGGAACUCUGUACGCCUGGAGAUAGAGGCCAUUCUCCCCGUGUCUGCGGUGGUUGUCUGGAAGGUGGAUAGCGUCGUUAUAGAAGCGAAUGCAAGAGAGCUUGGAGCCGGAACAUCACGUCGGACCGCUGAUGGCAGGACCUUGUUCACAUUGGACACCAAAAUAUCGGAUCGAAUGGUGUAUUUUGUUGUCGUUGUGGACGAUUUUGCGGCAACUUAUGAGAUUGACGUCUCGGGGAAAGACCGGAAAACCUUCUACAACGACCCUAUGACGUGUCAGGCCUCGUUUUCAAACAGUAUAGAACAGAACACGGUGGAAGCGUUCUUCAGGUGUAACCCGGAACUCAAGCCCGAGGAUUUUUGGUAUAUGUUUACCGGGAUGGUCGGAAGUCGAGAAAAUAUAUUUGCUGAAUUCAUAUCCCUUGAUUCAGAGGCUAAUCCUUACGUUAAUGUAUCUUAUGAACACAUCAAAAUCGCACGGUCCACAAUAUCUAUCACCAAGGAGACCAGGGACCUGUUUGGCAACUUCCUGUUCCUGUUCAGUUCUCUUACCGUCCCUAUGGACGGACUAAUUGAACAGGUUACUUACAGAAUUACACACGACAUAAGUGAAAACAAAAUACCUGGGGAAUUCAGGUUCAUGGAGAACCCCCCUCUCUCUGAUCUUCUGGAGGGAGAGCCGUUGUCCAUUAUCUGUGAGGCAAUUGGUAGAAAUCCCCCUACAAUACAAAUCCAAAAGAAUAACCGACCUUUUCCCAAGUCGGAAGUGACGUCUUCGGUCCAAAGUGUAUCUACGAGUUGGUCAACCACCAUAGCUUCCUUUUCGCACACACUGGAGCAGAUCAAGGGGAAAUAUUCAUGCGUUGCAACUGAUAUUGAUGGUAAUCUGCGUAGCUCAAAAUUAAUUGAAGUCAAAUUAAGACCAAGAUUUCGCCCGGAUUUGAGUGCAGUUAUAGAAAAUGAAGCCACAAAGAAACAUGUCCUCGUUGUGGUGGAGGGAGCCAAGGGGGUGUCCGUCGUGUGUAGCGGGAACUCCUGGCCGACAGAGGGCGUGGAAGUCAGCACGGACAGAGCCUCGCUUUCAGAGUGGAAUGAGAGGCUGGAGGUCAACUUUAAAUGGAUGACACCGAACGGCGACGAUAACUUAUUUCAGUAUACACCUAUAGUGUCUUGUACAGCUGUAGAUAAACACGGGGAAACCACUGUGGAAAAAGCUCUCUGAUUUAUCUAUGGAAAAAAGGAAAUACAAGAAAAAUAUAGAUUUGUGUUUUUCUUCUCCCCAAUGAUUUGUUUAUUUUGCUUCAUUAUAUAAACAAUAAUAUACUUAUCUAUGGAUCUUUUUAUAGGUUUGUAGUUAACUCAAGUGAACUUUGUGGCCCUUGAAUUUAUUAAGAA